AUGGUUGUUUUUGUUGGCUAUUUGAAAACUUUACCCCCAAAGGUGAGGUCUCCGGCCCCCGCCCCCAGUACGAGUAAGGACCCGGCAUUGGUAGCUGCUGAAGUGGAGGCUCUGAGAAAAAAAGAGGCAGAACUGAAGGAGCAAAUAGCACAGCUUGAGCAAGAAGGUUACGAUGUGGAGGACCUGCCUGAGUGUAUCCAGGUGCUGCACAGGUACAAUGAGAUGAAGGAUGUGGGACAGAUGCUGCUGGGGAGACUAGCUACCUUGGAAGGAGUGACCACAAGAGAGAUGUACCAUGAAUUUGAUCUGGAGCUAGAGGACUGA